AUGGUCGCUUCACAUCUGGGCAACGUCGAUAUCUUGUCCAUGCUACACAGCCAGCACUUGAAGUACGAAAGCAUGUCCUCGCUGUCACCCAAGAUGGGAUUCAUCUCACCUGGUUUUGGAUGUAGGUUAGUCGAUGCAGGCUGCAAUCUGGAGGCAGAAAACGCGGCGGGUGCCACAGCGCUAGUGGCGGCUGCCGAGGGCGGUCAGCUGGAGGCCGCAACGCUGCUGGUGGAGGCAAAAGCUGACGUGAACCAUGUUGGUGCGAUGGGCUCGACGCCACUUUUCGCUGCUGUGCAGGACGGACACCAUGAGGUGGCCCGGUGCCUGCUCAAGGCUGGAGCGGCGGCAGAUCACGUGCUCGUGAAUGGCGCCUCCUCUCUCAUGCUCGCAGCUCAACUCGGCGAUGUGGAAACUGCCUCGGCCUUGCUGGAAGCGGGCGCGGAGGUGGACAAAAAGGACCGCGAUGGCUCUACUGCUCUGAUCUUGGCUGCCCAAGAAGGCCACGACGCCUUGGUGCGCGUGUUGCUGGGCGCCGGGGCCUCCCUGGACCUGGCGCGCCAGGGCUCCAGCGCCCUGGUGGUCGCAGCGCAGGCCGGGCAUGAGAGCACGGUCGCCGAGCUACUGGCAGCAGGCGCUGCUGUGAACCAAGCCCGUGACGAUGGCGGUACCGCCUUGAUGUUGGCUGUGCAGGAGGGGCAUCGGGGGGUGGUGGAGCAGCUUCUGUCGGCGGGUGCUCGCGUCCAGCAACCGGCGGCCAAUGGGGCCACGGCGCUUUCGCUGGCUGCGCGGGGGCAGGACGAAGAGAUACUUCGCUGUCUACUCGAGGCGUCGAAGGCCGUGUCACCCGAGGACUUGGACGAGCUGUUCGACGGCGGUGGUUGA